AUGUCGACAUCAACUUUAUCUGAAGAGCUGCAAAUCGCUCAAGGAAGAUUUGUGGAAAAUAAUCCACUGUCGUUAAAGCAAUUCAAAGAAUCUGCGACAUUCUUACCAGCUAUUGCAUUCAAGUCUGGUCAAGGUUGUCAUCUCACUUCUGUAGAUGGACACGGAUAUCUUGAUAUUUUGGGCGAAUAUAGCGCUGGAAUCUACGGACAUUCUAAUCCAAAAAUAAUAGCGGCGAUCAAAGAAACUAUUGAUAACGGGAUCAAUAUAAGCCAUAAUAGUCUUGAACCUAUUCUUGCUAAACAUAUCGUCGGACGAUUUAAGAGUAUCGAAUUAGUGAGAUUUACUAACAGUGGGACAGAAGCGAAUUUGAUGGCUAUUGCGGCUGCAAUAACAUUUACGGGAAGGAAGAAGGUCAUGGUGUUUUGUCCUGGAUAUCAUGGUGGUGUAUUAUCGUUCCGUGGGAAGAACAAGUCUUCUCCUAUCAAUGUUCCACACGAGUACAUUUUUGGAAAGUAUAAUGAUGUUGAAGGCAGCCGAGAAUUGAUACGAGAGAAUGGAAAAGAUAUUGCAGCCGUUGUACUAGAACCCAUGCUGGGUUCUGCUGGAGCAAUUCCUGGUUCAAAAGCUUUCAUAUCGACUCUUCGUGAUGAAACGAAUAAAGCAGGCGCUCUGCUCAUAUUUGAUGAAGUCAUAACAUCAAGAUUGGCUUGGGGUGGUUUACAAGGUGAAUUAAAUAUCAUGCCGGAUAUGACGACAUUGGGGAAAUAUCUUGGUGGAGGAAUGACGUUUGGUGCAUUUGGCGGCAGGAAAGAUAUAAUGAACUUGUUUAAUCCAACUAUUAGUGGUAGUCAUACGCAUUCUGGAACUUUUAACAAUAAUGUCGUUUCAAUGAGCGCCGGCAUUGCUGGAGCAAGUGUUUUGACUAAAGAUGUUUUAAGACAACUAAACGAGCUUGGUGAUCAACUGAGGACAAGACUUGAUCAGACUUUUAAGAAUAAAACAAACAAAAUUUGGAUAUCGGGAAUUGGAUCUGUGAUGGUUCCACAUUUUAGUAAGAAGCUAAAUGAGCUGACAACACAAGAGAUUGUUACGGUGGAAGAUGAACAGUUAAGAGAUUUAUUUUUUUUGGAUAUGCUGGAAGAAAGAAUUUACAUGGGAAAACAAGGAUUUAUUGCAUUAAUGAUACCAAUGACAGAGGAUGAUGUGGACAGAGUGGUAAAAGCGGUCGAGAAGUGGACAGACAGAAGAAAGAUGUUCUUGUAA